AUGAGGUCGGAGAAAUCCCUUACGUUGGCGGCGCCAGGGGAGGUCCAUGAGCCAGAGGGGGAGCAACAGGACGCGGGAGACUUCCCGGAGGCCGGCGGGGGCGGCGGCUGCUGUAGUAGCGAGCGCCUGGUGAUCAAUAUCUCCGGGCUGCGCUUUGAGACGCAAUUGCGCACCCUGUCUCUAUUUCCGGACACGCUGCUGGGCGACCCAGGCCGCCGCGUCCGCUUCUUCGACCCUCUGAGGAACGAGUACUUCUUCGACCGCAACCGACCCAGCUUCGACGCCAUCCUCUACUACUACCAGUCCGGGGGCCGGCUGCGGAGGCCUGUCAACGUGCCCCUGGACAUCUUCCUGGAGGAGAUUCGCUUCUACCAACUGGGAGAUGAAGCCCUGGCGGCCUUCCGGGAGGACGAGGGCUGCCUGCCCGAGGGUGGUGAGGACGAGAAGCCUCUGCCCUCACAGCCCUUCCAGCGCCAGGUCUGGCUUCUCUUCGAGUACCCGGAGAGCUCUGGGCCCGCCAGGGGGAUCGCCAUCGUCUCAGUGUUGGUCAUUCUGAUUUCCAUCGUCAUCUUUUGCCUGGAGACCUUGCCCCAGUUCCGUGCAGAUGGUCGAGGUGGAAGCAAUGGCGGUGGUGUGAGCCGAACCUCUCCGAUUUCCAGGGGGAGUCAGGAGGAAGAGGAGGAUGAAGAUGAUGCCUAUAAAUUUAAUCCUGGCCUCACCCCUGGGGGCAUGGUGACAGGGGGUUCAUCCUCACCAAGUACUCUUGGGGGCUCCUACUUUACAGACCCUUUCUUUCUGGUGGAGACCCUGUGCAUUGUCUGGUUCACGUUCGAGCUUCUGGUGCGUUUCUCCGCCUGCCCCAGCAAGCCAGCCUUCUUUCGCAAUAUCAUGAACAUCAUUGACUUGGUGGCCAUCUUCCCUUACUUCAUCACCCUGGGAACUGAGCUGGUGCAGCAGCAGGAGCAGCAGCAGGUGAGUGGAGGAGGUGGCCAGAAUGGGCAGCAGGCCAUGUCCCUGGCCAUCCUCAGAGUGAUCCGCCUGGUUCGGGUGUUCCGCAUCUUCAAGCUCUCCCGUCACUCCAAGGGGUUGCAGAUCCUGGGCAAGACCUUGCAGGCCUCCAUGCGAGAGCUGGGCCUGCUCAUCUUCUUCCUCUUCAUCGGAGUCAUCCUCUUCUCCAGCGCCGUCUACUUCGCAGAGGCUGAUGAUGAUGACUCCCUCUUUCCCAGCAUCCCAGAUGCCUUCUGGUGGGCGGUGGUUACGAUGACCACGGUAGGUUAUGGGGACAUAUACCCCAUGACAGUGGGGGGCAAGAUUGUGGGCUCACUGUGUGCCAUUGCUGGGGUCCUCACCAUCGCCCUGCCUGUGCCCGUCAUUGUCUCCAACUUCAACUACUUCUACCACCGGGAGACGGAGCAGGAGGAGCAAGGCCAGUACACCCAUGUCACUUGUGGGCAGCCUGCACCGGACCUGAAGGCAGCUGACAAUGGACUUGGAAAGCCUGAGUUCUCUGAGGCUACCCGGGAACGGAGACCCAGCUACCUUCACACUCCACAUCGGGUGUAUGCAGAGAAAAGAAUGCUAACUGAAGUUUGACUGAUGCAGGCAGGGCCUGCACAAGAAGGGUGGCCUUGAGCAAACAAUCUCUUAGG